AUGUCUAAACUUAUAUGUAUCUUGGUGCUAUCAGCAUUGAUUGCCCUCGUAGCAGCUCGUCCACAAGGAGUGCAAGUCGUUGAUGGAGAUAAUCAAGUGCAAGUAGAUAACGGAGAAAACCAAGUGCAAGUCGAUAAUGGAGAAAGCCAAGUGCAAGUUGUUGAUGGGAAUGCACAAGGAAAAGACACAGACGGUGAUGGUGGUAGGCAGUCC